ACCUGCAUCUUGGAUUUCGCGCCACACACAACAGCUGGGGAGGAAGAAGGAGCGCAAGUUACACACUGAAGUGAAAAGUGAUCAGAAACUUUUUUUUAUCUGGUGAUUAUAGAAAAGCAGUUAUGGCUGCCGUGAAUGAGAUUGACGACCAGGAGAUGCGUGAAGCUCAGCGGGAGUACCUGGAUUUCCUUGAUGAUGAGGAGGAUCAGGGUAUAUACCAGAGCAAAGUGCGAGACAUGAUCAGUGAAAAUCAGUACCGUCUGAUUGUGAACGUAAAUGAUCUCCGAAGGAAAAAUGAGAAAAGGGCUAAUCUGCUUUUGAACAAUGCUUUUGAGGGUCUAAUCGCAUUUCAGCGAGCUCUCAAGGAAUUUGUUGCGUCAAUUGAUGCCACAUAUGCCAAGCAGUAUGAAGAGUUCUAUGUGGGUCUUGAAGGAAGUUUUGGAACAAAACAUGUGACUCCUCGUACUUUAACUUCACGCUGUCUAAGUUGUGUUGUGUGCGUCGAGGGGAUAGUUACCAAGUGCUCCUUGGUCCGGCCUAAAGUUGUUCGCAGUGUUCAUUAUUGUCCUUCUACAAAGAAAACUAUAGAACGUAAAUAUACGGAUAUGACUAGUCUGGAAGCAUUUCCUUCUAGUGCUGUUUAUCCCACUAAGGAUGAGGAUAACAAUCCUUUGGAAACUGAGUUUGGUCUUUCAGUCUACAAAGACCAUCAAACCAUUACUAUACAGGAAAUGCCAGAAAAAGCACCUGCUGGUCAGCUUCCAAGAUCUGUAGAUAUAAUUUUAGAUGAUGACCUUGUAGACAAAGUCAAGCCAGGUGAUCGUGUGCAGGUUAUUGGGACAUAUCGCUGUUUGCCAUCAAAACAAAAUGGUUACACUUCAGGUUCUUUUAGAACCAUACUGAUAGCCUGCAAUAUUUUACAAAUGAAUAAAGAAGUGAAUCCAGUUUUUUCUGCUGAUGAUCUGGUAAAAAUAAAGAAAUUCAGCAAAAGCCAUUCAAAGGGUAUUUUUGAUCAUCUGUCUAAAUCACUUGCACCAAGUAUACAUGGUCAUGAAUUCAUAAAGAAGGCAAUUCUCUGCAUGCUUCUGGGAGGAGUAGAGAAAGUCUUGGAAAAUGGGAGCCGUAUCAGGGGAGAUAUAAAUGUGCUCCUUAUAGGGGACCCCUCUGUGGCAAAAUCUCAGCUUCUUCGAUAUGUACUUUGUACUGCUCCUCGUGCCAUCCCCACCACUGGCAGAGGCUCCUCUGGUGUUGGUUUGACUGCCGCAGUUACCACAGACCAAGAAACCGGAGAGAGAAGGUUGGAAGCUGGUGCCAUGGUUCUGGCUGACAGAGGAGUUGUGUGCAUUGAUGAAUUUGAUAAAAUGUCUGACAUAGAUCGUACAGCCAUCCAUGAAGUCAUGGAACAAGGUCGUGUUACCAUUGCCAAAGCUGGUAUUCAUGCUAGAUUAAAUGCCCGGUGCAGUGUGCUGGCUGCUGCUAAUCCUGUCUAUGGAAGGUAUGACCAAUAUAAAACUCCCAUGGAAAACAUUGGCCUUCAGGACUCCCUCUUGUCUCGUUUUGAUUUGCUCUUCAUUAUGCUGGAUCAGGCAGACCCAGAGCAGGAUAGAGAAAUCUCAGACCAUGUUUUACGUAUGCACCGAUACAGAUCAGCUGGAGAACAGGAUGGAGAUGCUAUGCCCCUGGGAAGUGCAGUGGAUAUCCUUGCCACAGAAGACCCUAACGUUACACAUGAUGAGCAGCACGAACUACAAGUGUAUGAUAAACAUGAUAGUCUUCUUCACGGAGUUAAGAGAAGGAAGGAAAAGAUAGUCAGUGUUGAAUUCAUGCGCAAGUACAUCCAUGUUGCCAAGAUGUUUAAACCUGCUCUAACGUCAGAAGCAGCUGCUUACAUUGCAGAGGAGUAUUCUCGUCUGAGAAGUCAAGACCAGAUGAGCACAGAUGUUGCGAGGACGUCACCUGUGACUGCCCGUACACUGGAAACCCUAAUCCGUUUAUCUACAGCACAUGCAAAAGUGAGAAUGAGCAAAACUGUAGACUUGCAGGAUACUGAGGCUGCUGUUGAGCUUGUGCAGUAUGCAUAUUUCAAGAAGGUUCUAGAGAGAGAAAAGAAGCGAAGAAAACAAGAUGCUGGGUCUGACACUGAGGAAGAGGAGCAAGCACAGGCUGAUGAAAGCAGGAAGAGGAGGAAGAAGCAACGGGCAAGUGAUGGGAAAUCCCCAAAAGAGGGAGACUCGCAUGACCCUUAUGAUUUUAGUGAUACAGAAGAUGAAACCCCUUCUGUUCAGUCCCAGACACCAGGACAGGAGGCAAUGGAAACAGAUUCUUCUGCAAAAUCAGGAUUAUCUGGUGACAGAUUAAAGAUCUUCAAGUCUGCACUGCUGGAUGCAUUUAAGGCUGCUCAUGCCCAGUCAAUUGGCAUGCAGCCCCUGAUGGAAGCUAUCAACAAAAACAAUGAAGCUCCUUUCUCAAAGGAUGAAGUCAAUGCAGCUUUGGAUCUUAUGCAAGAGGCUAACCAUGUUAUGGUUUCUGAGGACAUUAUUUUCUUAAUCUAACUGGGAUUCGCGAUUGGAGUGGAGUUAAUAGCUAAACAUCUGGAUUUUUUAUGAGCUGUGUUCAUUUAUGAAGUGUACUUCUGCUUCACUUCAUACGUUUUCAUAUCUAUGCUGCUUCUUUUUUACAGUUUGUUUCUGUAUAUAAUCUAAAGACUUAAGAGAAUUUAAAGCCCUGUAAGCUCUGAUUGGACUGCUUUUGUAUGCAGUAAUGUUGGUAUCGUCUCUUACUGUGUUUUAAUUAACAAUAUUUUGUUAUGGGUGAGUUGUGGUUUCACCUGACUUUUUAAAGAUGUUUGCCUUUCAGAUAUGUACCUCUAUUCUUGAGAGGUAUAUUUGUUUAAAAAAAAAUGCAUCAUGAUUGUGUUGCUUUAUCAGUAAAUAGCAAUGCUGUCAUAAAAAUGUAUUACUUUACCAUGUUGAAAAUACAUUGUAUAUAUUUCAUGUUGUUCAGUUUGAUGGUAGCUGCAUUAUGUUGAAGCAUUCAUUGCUGAUGCUUUAUUAGAAUAAUUUUAACACAACUUUGUUUAAGUAUUCCUGUUGCUAGUUUUACAAAUUGUCUAAUGUGUUUAGCUUAUGAAAGCUACAGUUGUCUUAAUCAUGUGUUCAUUAAACAUUUUAUAAAUAAAACUGUAAUAUUUAUACAGUC